CACACGUAGUUGAAGUUUAAAUAAAGCCAUGCAGCGUCUCCUCUUACUUUCGUUUCUCGCAGUGGCAAGCGGCCAUCACUUUCAGACACUUUAUACUUGGGACUUUGUCGAUUAUAAUUUUCCAAACGACAGUUUUCGCAACGCUUUAUUGUCAAGCGGAGACUAUGUUCCGGAAAACAAUAUGCCCCUUGGACUUGAAGUGUGGGACGAUAAAAUCUUCAUCACUGUGCCAAGAUGGAAAAAUGGCGUGGUGUCGAAUUUGAAUUACUUCUCGAAGGAUGAUAAGUCAAAAUCUCCAAAAUUAACGCCGUAUCCUAAUUGGCAAACAAAUGACAUUCAUAUGCCAGGUAGCAUAGUGAGUAUCUUUCGCGUAAGAACUGACGCGUGUGGUCGACUUUGGGGCGUCGAUACUGGAAUCGAUAACAUUCUUGGCAAUACAACGGUUGUACAAUCAGUAAGAAUUUUCGUGAUCGAUUUAAAAACGGACGAGGUACUUAGGAUUUACACUUUAAAAGACUCAGAUCAAACGCCUAAUUCAUUCUUCGCUGAUUUAGCUGUUGAUACCGACGCAAAUAAUUGCGAGAACACCCAUGUUUAUAUUUCUGAUUUGGGUGGUUACGGAUUGGUAGUCUACAGUUGGGCCAAGAACGAUUCCUGGCGACUUACGCACAAUUUCUUCUAUUUCGAUCCUAUGAAUGGCAAUUAUAAUGUCAGCGGUUAUAAUUUCCAAUGGACUGACGGUGUGUUUGGACUGUCUUUGUCCUCGCCGCAAACCGAUGAAUACAGAACGCUGUAUUUCCACGCAAUGUCAGGUAUCACAGAGUUCUCAGUGUCCACGGAAGUUCUGCAAGACGACACGUUGAACAAAUCCAAGGACUAUUACGCUUACAAAAUUGAGGGCUCUAAGGGACCGAAUACACAGGGACCUUCCUCCGUGAUCGAUCCGGAGACCGGUAUCGAUUAUUUCACUCAAGUCAAUCGAAACGGAAUUGCUUGUUGGGACACCAGCCUAAAAUUGAACCCGGAAAGAUUCGUACUAGCCGCUGAUGAUAACACGACAUUGGUCUUUCCUAACGACUUAUCCAUCGACAAAGUACAGAAGAAGUUAUACGUGCUAUCUGACAAUUUGCCACAGUUCCUGUUCUCCCGUUACGACUUGAAAAAGCGCAAUUUCUUUGUUACAUCAGCAGACCUAAAGAAGUUGACGCCCCUGUGUAAAAAACAGAACUAG